AUGCAAGAAAUCAAGAAUGCCAUUAAGGCUCUCAAGGAUAACAAGGCCCCAGGCCCUGAUGGACUUCCAACUGAAUUCUACAAAACCAACAUUGAUUGGAUCUCUGAUGACCUGUAUGACAUCUACAAUGAAGCCCUUGACACUGGCACACUGGGGGAGUUCAUAAAUAGGGGUAUUAUUAAGCUUAUUCCAAAGGAGGGGGACAAAGCCCUAAUUAAAAAUUGGAGGCCAAUCACCCUCCUCAACGUCUGUUUUUUGAUGAAUCUUGAGAGAAACAAGCUCCUCCGAUUCCUGAAGGAUGGCAGAGCGACCAUGUUUGUUUAUGAGAUGCAAGAUGGGUAUGAAUGGGCCAGGAUUGCAGAGAAUCAGACCUCCUUCGAUAAGGCAGUGAAGAAGCCGAUAAAAGAUCUACAGGACAGCAGGCCUCCUCCCUUCAACAGGAUAGAGAUAUGCUCCCAGAUCCUGGCAAGAAAGAAGGUGGUUUGGAUGGAAGGAGAACAAGGCUAG